CCACUGACAGGCACUGCUGCGCCACCACCAGCCCCCAAACCUCUCCAGGGACUGCGAUUUCCACUCUGCUUUUCUUUUUGAAAAACAUAACUUUGUUAUGCCUGGAUAAGUUUGUUUGCCCACUUUUAGCGAGUGGUGGAAGGGCGUUUUAUUAUCACCACUUUAACUUUUUUUCCAGCGUAGCACUUGGUAGAAUAAAAUGACACACGCAAGGUGUAGAAAGCCCCCGCAGGUACGGACGGAGUUGAGGAGCCUGUGAUUUCUGGAGUAGGAUUUGGAUGGUGGGGAAACUUGGCUAUAGGUGCGCAAAACUCGAAGGAUAUUUUUUUAUGAGCGAAGGGGAUUUUUGGAGAGGUUGACUUGUGAAUCAUUUCCACGCUUGGCACCGAUUUACGGAGACGUUCCGGGAUUUCGGGGAGCCGGGCUGAGAAAAAAACUGGAUAAUUCACCCCAACAAGGAAACACCUAAUGUUGCACUCCGUGACUCUGUUGCUGCUGCUCUCCAGUGAUAUAUCCUUACACUGGGAUUCAAUCUCCUACUUACCCCCGGAGUUGUGUGCGUAAAGGACGCGCCAGGGAGCGAAAGCAAGAGAGAGGGGGGCGAUUUCGCCAACCUUUCCAAAUCUGUGGAAGCAGGUGUAUUUCAGGUGUAUUUCUGCGAGUCAAGAUGUCUGUGCUGCCUUCGAGGUUCAUAUACCUGUGUUUACAUUUUCUGGUACUCUAUUUCCAGCUACAGGAAUCCCAGCAGACCUCUGCUGAUUUCAGGAUUUACAUCGAGAACCACACGAGGAACCCGGACGACCUGAGCCGGAAGCAGGUCCGGAUCUAUCAGCUGUACAGCAGGACCACGGGGAAACACGUGCAGAUCCUCGGGAAGAAAGUCAACGCCAACGGAGAUGAUGGGGGCAAGUAUGCCCUCCUUGUUGUCGAGACGGAAACCUUCGGGAGCCACAUCCGAAUUAAAGGAAAGGAGAGCGAACACUACAUCUGCAUGAACGAGAAGGGCAAAAUAGUCGGACGGCCCGAUGGACGGAAGCAGGAGUGUGUGUUUGUCGAGGAAUUCCUGGAGAACAACUACACGGCCCUCGUGUCGGCCAAGUACAAAGGAUGGUACCUCGGCUUCAACAGGAAGGGGCGGCCCAAAAAAGGCUCGCGGACCACGCAGAGGCAACAGGAAGUCCACUUCAUGAAGCGCCAGCCGAAGGGCAGGCUGGACCCGCUGGAGGAGUUUCGCUUCACUCCAGUUACUAAGCGGACACGAAGGGCUCGGCGGUUAAAAGCCAACUCCAAGAGGAACUGAUGGGACCAAUCAAUGGGACAGGACAGCACUACUUUUCCUCAAAGGGGGGGAAAUAGAAAAAAAAAAACGAACUUAACUGAAAAAAUCUCAAGCUUCUUCUUGUCUUCACCUUAAAGACUUCACUUCUGUAAAAGAAAGACAGACAAAAAGAACAAAAAAAAAAAGAUGUUUUAUUUUUGUAUUUCAGGAUGACUGAAUGUUUCCUAACUCUUGGAUUCUUCUGGGUUGAUGUCAUUGUGCUAACGUGUCUGUCAUGUUAUUUAUACUGGAUACACUAAAGGACCUCUGAGAGAAACUGUCGCCGUCCUCCUCGGCCACGUUUGAACUGAAGGCAGUGCACUCUCUCUUCUUUUUUUUUUUUUGUUACGCGAUGUUAUAAAAAUCAGCCAACUAGA